CCCCAGAACCUUCUCCUGCCCCCGCCGCCGCAACCCUAGCCCCCCGCCAUGGCCCUCGCGCUGCGCCUCCGGCGGGCCCUCGCUGCCGCCUCCACCGCGGCGCCCCUCCUCCGCCCGUCCGCCUCCGUCUCCAGGUCCCUCCCGCUCGCGCCUCCCUCCGCCUCCCCGGCGGCGCCGCUCCUCCCCGGCGGCGCCGCCGGGUUUCGGUCGACGGCCGCGGCGGCGGCGCGGGGUGGGGCGGACUACGGGGCGGACGACAGCAAGAUCUCCCCCGACGAGAUCCUCUUCGAGGGCUGCGACUACAACCACUGGCUCAUCACCAUGGAGUUCCCGGACCCCAAGCCAUCCCGCGAGGAGAUGAUCGAGACCUACCUUCAGACCCUCGCCAAGGUCGUCGGGAGUUAUGAGGAGGCUAAGAAGAGGAUGUAUGCUUUUAGUACAACAACCUAUAAUGGUUUUCAGGCUGUAAUGACUGAGGAAAUGUCAGAAAAAUUCCGCGGUUUGCCUGGAGUAGUUUUCAUUUUACCUGAUUCAUACCUGUAUCCAGAGACAAAAGAGUACGGAGGAGACAAAUAUGAAGAUGGUGUCAUCACUCCAAGACAACCGCCUGUUCAUUAUAGCAAACCAUCAAGGACUGACAGGAAUCGUAACUACCGGGAUGGCCCUCCCCAGCAAGGAAAUUACCCGAACCGCCCUCCUCCGCAAGGAGGUUAUCAUAAUAGUCCACCACAGCAAGGAAACUUCCAGACGUACCGCUCGCAGCAAGAUGGAAGAGGCUAUGCCCCACAGCAGAAUUAUGCACAAAGUGGACAAGAUGCUAGAGGUUUUGGGAGGAAUGAUUAUGCAGACCGUUCAGGGUACAAUGGACCACCUGGUGGCUUCCAAGGUCAAGCACCUCAGUACCAAGGGCAUGUAAAUCCAGCUGGUCAAGGUCAAGGUUACAACAACCCCCAAGAGCACAGGAACUUCUCGCAAGGGCAGGGAGGAGGUUUUAGGACUGGUGGCCCUUCAGCACCUGGAUCUUAUGGCCAACCAUCAACACCUGGAUCUUAUGGCCAACCAUCGGUGCCUGGAAACUAUGGUCAGGCACCUCCAUCAGCGUAUCCUGGCGGUAACAGAGUUCCUGGUGUGAACCCUAGUUAUGAUGGGGACAGCAGAGAGGGGGCAGGACCGGCAUAUGGUGGAGAUAACUGGCAAAGAGGUUCUGGUCAGUAUCCUAGCCCUGGUGAAGGACAAGGAAACUGGCAGGGUAGGCAGUAAGAGCUUCAAGCGUUCCACUGAAGACAAGCGCUAGACCUGAGAUGUAGAAAUCCCCACCUGUAAAAUAAAUGACUGUGGUGCAUUACUUUCUCUUUUCGUUUGCAUUCAAGCACUGAACUUAUGGGCAUGUGUCAUUACCAAAGUUAUGGAUGCAAACUUAUUUUUUGUUUGUUGGCCUAGAUAUUUGACAUUUUUAAACAAAAAAGAAUAUGUGGAACGUUCUUUUGUCUCUUUAUCUUUCCAGUUAUAUGCAUGUAAUCAAUGUUUUCCCCGAGAAUGUCUUCCGGUGAA